UUCUUCGCCCUCCCCUUCCGUCCCUCACCUUCGUGCGCCAACUUAUACUCCUACUGCGAUGUCUCACCGCGCUAUUCCCCGAACGACCUCUGCGUCACCUCUCAGCGCCGUCAAUGUCAACAACCAUCAACCCAGAGGGAGGAUGGCCAAGGCUGCGGCAUCCCGUACACCCAGCAAGGAGCCGGUGGCCAAGACCAAGGGCGCGGGCCGACGCAAGUCGGUCUCGAAGAGGAGGAAGGUUCUGCGGUCUAAAAACCCACCGAUGGACUCAUGGACGGGGAUGCCGACUCUGUUCUAUUGCUGUUGCAAGGUGUUCUUCUGCAUUAGGGUUUAUGUCACCACCUACCCGUCGCCCCCCGGUUCGUCGAUAGGGUGUUGGAGCAGUACUGAGUUUCACGUAGUUGCGCUGUACCGAUCAGAAGUGAUACACCAACUGCCGCAAAAAGCUCCGCGCGGCAGCUCCAUACGUGUCCCGGGGCCACUCCGGCGUUCAAGUAACCGCUCGCCCGGUGCUAUUCUAGCCCGGGGUCCGAGAGUGUUGUGGGCGAGGAAUAUCCUCACAGCAGUGCUGCUUUCUGCCGCCCUCCCUCCCUGCACGGUCGCGGACAUCGACCCCGCUGCCGAGGUCGCGGACAUCGACCCCGCUGCCGAGGCAAUUAAUACCUUGCUUCACCGCGUCAUGUGGCGCUACACCAAGGCCCACAUGCAGUCGACACGCGAGGACCUGUCCGAGGGGCAACUGGUCGGCGAGGACCGGCUUCACGAGGACUUCCUCGCGCAGCUCACUCGAGAGCGUCGUGUGCAAGUGCACGAGGAAAGCGAGGGCGUGGGGGAGGCUUUCCAACGGCGGGUACAGCUUCACAAACGCGAAGGCAUUCCAGGAAGGGCGGGAGCCGUCAACAACUUUGUGCACGUCGAGAGUCAGCGGUCCUGCUGGUUUGGUUUGAAGGAGCGGUUCAUGGCGGGCCCCCGUCGCCACGCUUCCGGAAUCCUGAUCAUCCCCAAGUCGGACUUCGGGAACCCCAAGAUCAUGCGCUUCCUGUCCCCAUACGUCGGCGGCAACGACAACCUGGUCGUGGAGGAGACCCCGGCCGAAGACGUCCACUUGUAGGACUCCGAUCUCGGCGCAUAUCUCGUUGAGAUGAACUGAUCGUUGUUGUUGAUUGGUCCUUCACAAGCUCAGCAUCUGCAUGGGUCGCGGAAUUGCUGGCAAAUGUUCUCGGGCGUAGCGCUUGCUGUGGUGUUAGGUGGGGAGCAGGUUUUUUGUCGCGUUCGGCAAUAAGUUUAUUUCGUCACUGUUCCUUUUCGAGCAACGCGUGAAGCGCGUGGAGAUCGAUACGCGCCGGCGUACCCUGGACGUGGUACACACAACGCAGAAAUGUUCCUCCGUGUCGCCGGGGGUAGGGACACCUCAAGUAUUGAGGUGCUUCGCGGACAAGGGGUCAAGUAGGUUCGGUCGAGCUUGAUUGAACUCAUGGAGUUUUUAGUCUGGACGCACAAAAAAGUGUCGGCAGGAGCGUGUACACGCCAGACUGGUUGCGUGGAGCUAGGGGCAUGGAGUGCAAUUUUUUUAUGGUUGGAACUAUUUGUUUUCUUCCCGUGUUUUCUUGGAUCUUCGUCGAGCGUGUGGCUCACCAUGCGUCCUGAUUUGCUUGGUGCACGUCAUGGACGUGUCGUGCACAUUCACAUUCCGUUGAAAGCGUGGCAAUCAAGUUGGGGUUGUGAGCCCCACCAUUGCAUUUGCGUGAUGUUUUUUGGGUUCUGUGACGAGCAUCGGGCACACUCUUAACAUUCUUAACAUUCUGCUUCACGUGUGGAUUCGACCCUGACGCAGAAAUGACUGUUGACAGGAUGCCGAGUCGAUCUGUGCAGAGGAUGCGCGUGAUAGUCGUGUCGGCGUUGGUGCUGUACGAUUGAGCGACGACAU